CAUCCAGUGUAGAGAAUGAGAAGAUUGACAUACCCUUUCACUUGGGUGAGGAAUAUCGUCGAACACUUUCACUGCAACUCCUUCUACAAACCAAUCUCUUCCCUUUCAAUCUUCCCAAAUCAUCGCAAACCCGAAUCACGAGAAGCUUCUUUGACCCAAGACCCGUAUUCACUACUCAAGCAAGAUCCCGUCGAUAUCUGUCUCUCCCUCUGGGUCAAAUCAUUCUCUUCUCCUCCUUCUGCUACUUUUUCCAACCUCACUGGUUUUCUCUCCAAAUUCGAUUUAUGGGUCUUAGCUUAUCAACGAACUUGUGCUCACGUCACCGGAACAUUCCCACCGCGCAAUGCUAUUCAUGCCAAUGCCCUCCGUUCGCUUCUCUCACUCCAAAACGCCGUUACACGUUCCGGUGGCAAAUUCCGGUGGAACGACAAGAUGAACCAGUACGUGAGGAGCCCAAAGGAUAAAGUAUCGACGAAUGGUGGAGAGGGUCUGUCGAAAGGGAAGGUAAGAAGGAUAAUUGAGUCGGAAGAACCGAUUUUUCAGGAUCGGGUGGUUCAUGAGGUUCUAUUGAUGAUUCUUGAGCCUUUCUUUGAAGCUAGGUUUUCGAGUAAGUGUCAUGGGUUUAGACCAGGUAGAAAUCCACAUACUGUGAUUAGAACUAUCAGAAGUAAUUUUGCUGGGUACUUGUGGUUUAUGAAAGGUGAUGUUAGUGAAAUGUUGGAUCAUGUGGAUGUUGAUGUAGUGAUGAAUUGUCUUCGAAAGGUUGUCAAGGAUAGGAAAGUUCUCGGCUUGAUUGAAUCUUCUUUGAGAUUGUCUGAUAACAGAGUGUUAAAAAGGGUUGUUGAGAAAAAUGGCAAUGUCAAUGGAUUGGGGGAGAAAAGGAGGAUCGAACGUGAAAAGAGAAACAAGACGAAAAAGAAGAUUUUGAGUGAUGAUGAGCCGAAACCGGAUCCUUAUUGGUUGAGGACUUUCUACAGUUUUGCUCCUAAGGAAGCUGCAAAGGUGCCUUCUUAUGGCUAUUCUGGCAUAUUGAGUCCUUUGCUUGCUAAUGUAUGUCUUAAUGAGUUGGAUCGUUUUAUGGAAGAGAAGAUAGUUGAGUAUUUUAGACCUUGUAAAGAUGAUUCAAUAUGGAAGGAGUCUAUUGAAGAUGGUUGCCAUAACCCAGCCUGGCCGGAGUUUGUUCCAUCUAGUGGGAAGGAGAAAACUAGGAAAAUGGAUUACAUUAGGUAUGGAGGCCAUUUUCUGAUUGGCAUUAGAGGUCCUAGAGAGGAUGCAGUAAAGAUCCGGAAGGACAUAAUUGAUUUUUGCGAUGGUGUUUUCGGAUUGAGAUUGGAUAAUUCGAAGUUAGAGAUUGAACAUAUAAGCAGGGGUAUUCAGUUUCUUGACCACAUAAUUUGCCGAAGAGUUAUUUACCCUACUCUCCGUUAUACAGGAAGCGGAGGCAGCAUUGUGAGCAAAAAGGGUGUGGGAACUUUGCUGUCUGUGUCUGCUAGUUUAGAACAAUGUAUCCGCCAAUUUAGGCGGCUUGCUUUUGUUAAAGGUGACAAAGAUCCAGAGCCUUUACCUUGUAACCCAAUGCUUUAUUCAAGCCAGUCUCAUAGUAACUCUCAGAUGAAUAAGUUUCUUGAAACAAUGGCUGAUUGGUACAAAUAUGCAGAUAAUCGCAAGAAGGCUGUUGGAUUCUGUGCUUAUGUAAUUAGAAGCUCUUUGGCUAAAUUGUACGCUGCAAGAUAUAGACUUAAAUCUCGUGCCAAAGUGUACAGCAUAGCCUCACGAGAUCUUAGCCAUCCAUUAAGCGAGAGCAGCAAUAAUUCUGCACCUGAAUACUCUGAUCUUCUGAGAAUGGGACUUGUCGAUGCUAUAGAAGGAGUUCAAUUUUCUCGCAUGUCUUUGAUUCCAUCCUGUGAUUAUACUCCAUUCCCCAGGAAUUGGAUCCCAAAUCAUGAGCAAGUUUUGCAGGAGUACAUCAAGCUACAAGACCCUAAAUUCUUCUGUGAGUUGCAUAGGUCAAUAAAACAGAAGGGUCUAAGCUUACCUCAGGAUGAGAUCUCAGAAGUUGUGUGGGAUUUUAAGACUCUUGGUGCUUGGAGGUCAAAGUAUGGCAGUAAUAGUGAAGCGGGUGAUGGGUUGGAGAAAUUAGAUUCACCACCGUGAUUAUUUACCAUUACCACUUUUAAAGAUUUAGUGGUUUGGUAAAAGGAUCUUGAUACACCAGAGACAUACUGAGAGCUUCAGCUGGCAGUUUCUUCACGAUUCUUUUUGGUUCCCUUCGCAAGAGACCCCGAUUUUGGGUUCUGGCUUCCCUACCCAGCAAAGCAUUGAACUUGGUAAUCUAACUCUAUACAUUAUCUCAUUUCAUAGAUAUUUUCCCAGAUGUGAGUAUUUACUGACGUAUGUUAUGUAAAAAACUUAAGAAAAGGUGCAUAUGCAUUAUGUCUUCUUUGGCUAAGUUGAUAGAUUUCCAAGUUUUUUCCUUAGCUAGAAUUCUAGGAUGGUGCAAGCUGUUUGAAGCUAACAUUUCUUUCUUUAUAUUUAAUCUUUGCAUCUCAAUUAGUUUUAAGUUCAGAUCUUUAGUCAAUCAUUUCUGUUGUUUGUUUGAUUCAUCUGAUUGUUUAGGUUUAGUCGUAUCUUUCCUUAUUUUUAUGAAAUUAUAUGUAUAUUGUCUUGUAGAUAGAGAAUAUAACAUACAGCUUCCACCAUAUUUUGAUUGGACACUCACUGAGUCACUGUUAUACUUCAAGGCAUGAAUUUCAAAACUUAUUCAUUUACUGUGAUGAUCCAUAAGCAAUUCACUGUAAGAAAGGCGUGUCCUUAUGAUAUUUAAUUAAACUGUCUCUUAUUGAGUAUGGAACAACUUCUGUUCUUUAUUGGUUGCUGACAUCAAGGAAGUCUGGUUACUCCUCUUUUCUUCUGAUUUAUCAACCCUCACAUUGAAAUGCUGAAACUUUAAAUGUUCGUGACAGGCCGGUGGUAUUAGCAAAGGUGAUCUUCUCAGGAUCUUUUUCUUUGAUAAAGAUAUCGUUCACAGGAACCCAGAUCAUGAGCUCCUUGCUUUUGACUCCGGUAAGUCUCCUCAUACGACGGUCCUCAACAAACGCAGUUAUCUCCGUGUCAUAUAACACUUUGCGACCUAUUUCACGGAAUGUAUGCUCAAUCUUGCUUCUCAUCCUCAUCCACACAAACCCUUUCGUUUUGUUGUACCCAACUUCUGUCAUAUCCUUCAAUGGCAACAAUCCCGUGGGUAGCUUGAUGAGAGCAAGAAGCUCCUUGGCUUUAUCUAGACAAAGAGAUUGAUCACUGUAGCUCUCUAUGUCAUCACUCUCAUCUAUUAUCAUCUCUCUUAACGCCAUAAUAAGAUAAAUCACUUUGUUUUAUCUACUCGACUUUUGUUUCUUUGCUAUAUAGUAAAGGUUUUUAUGAGUCUUGAUGUGUUUGGGUACGUAAAAUGGAACAUGAGAGUUGUGUGAUGAGUAUUUUCAGGCUACAUCAUAACCCUGUGAUUAAUUAUAGAAGCUGAAUCAGCUGUUACAUAAUAUAAAAUGGAGUUUUAUGA